AUGGAAAUCGGUAUAACGAACUGUACAGUAUGGAAUGUGUAUGGACCAGCAGAAGCAACCAUAGAUUGUACAGUUCAUUGCGUGCACGUCGGAAAUGAUGCACAGAGCAUUCCAGUUGGUAGACCGCUUUCAAAUUAUCGAUGUAUGAUUAUGAAUCAAUAUUUACAAUCAUCUACUACCACUGGAGAAGGUGAACUGUUUGUAGGAGGAGUGGGUGUGUUUGCUGGUUAUCUGGAACGUGAUGAUUUAACUGCAAAAGCUCUUCUUGAAAUAGAUGGGCACCUAUUCUAUCGAACAGGUGAUCUUGUUACAAUAGAUAACAAUGGUCUUCUUCAUUAUCAAGGAAGAAAAGAUCAUCAAAUCAAACUACAUGGACAAAGAAUUGAACUUGGUGAAAUCGAACGAUGUUUUCUUAAUAUCACAUCCGUAUCUGCUUGUGUUGUGAUGAAAUGGAAAGAUGAUCAUUUAGUUGCUUAUGUUCAAAGUUUCAAUAUUGGUGAGAAAGUAUUACGAGAACAUUGCCAAUCACACUUACCACUUCAUAUGAUUCCAUCUUGUUUUGUUAUACUUGAUAAGCUACCAUUAAAUGCAAAUGGUAAAAUAGAUCGAAAACUUCUUCCACCACCAAAUUUGUCAUCAAUACAUCUCACUGAUCACGAUGAAUUAUUGCUACCAAUUAAUGAAACUGAAAUCAUUAUUCAUCAUAUUUGGUGCGAUCUAUUAAAACAAAAUCAAAUCUCAACUAACAAAAAUAUCUUCACUCUUGGUGGUCACUCACUUCUCAUUAUGCAACUCUUCCAUCAAUACAAAACCCAAUUUCAUCUUGAACCAAAUACUCUUUCUAUUACUGAUCUAUUUCAACAUCCAACAAUUACAGAUCAUGCUCAACUCAUUAGUCGAACUAUGCAUCUGACAAAGAAUGUCAAUGAAUAUCAUUGGUCUUCAUUACAUAUUAUGAAAGCUAGAGCAUCAUUUCCUCAAGAACGCAUUUUCUUAGAUGAACAAAUUCGUUUCUCAUCCACACAUAAUAAUACUAAUAACAUGUAUCUUAUCCCAUUAAUUUAUCGUAUUUCAUCUAUGAAUGAUCAUAUAUCUAUUUCACGAGUACAACAUGCAUUUCAAUCUAUCAUAAAAAGACAUCAAAUUCUUCGAACAGCACUUUCUCUUGAUACAAAUGGUACUAUUAUACAACAUUCUUUAGAUGCAAAUGCUAUUAUCAGUGAUAAGAAAUCAUCUAGAUUUUCAAUAAUUAAUCUUCUUGAUCAAGAACAUGAACAGAAUGAAAUAGUGAAGAUUUUAAAUCAAUCUGAUUUGUUUGAUUUAUCAAUAGGACAUGUGAUUAAUUGUCAUAUUCUUCGUCAUCAACAAUCAAAUCAUUCAAUGUCUUACAAUGAUGAUCUACUUACUAAAGAUGAUAUCAUAAUGUUUACUAUUCAUCAUGCAAUGUUUGAUGGAGCAUCAACAUCAAUCUUUAUUCGUGAUCUAACUCUUGCUUAUCAAUCGAAUGAUCUGCUUCUUAUAGAUGAUAAUUCAUUCCAAUAUAUUGACUAUUCUAUUCAUGAACACAUAAUGGAUGUGACAUUAUCUCAAGAUUUUUGGUUGUUAGAACUCAAAGGAUACAAUCUUCUUCGACAAUUAUCAUUACCUGCUGAUCGACAUCGUGCAUCAACUAAUCAACAACGAUCAAGUUUAGCUUCUUCAGCUCAAAUCACUUUUGAUGAUGAAAUAUGUGCAUUAUGUCUAAACUAUGCAUCAUCACAUCAUCUCACACUCUUUCAACUUGGAUUAUCCAUAUUUUAUGUCUUUCUAUUCAAACUAACUCAUGGUGAAACUGAUUUAUGUAUUUCUUCUAUCAAUGCUAAUCGAUAUCGAAGUGAAUUAGUAAAUAUGAUAGGAAUGUUUGUAUCAACAUUACCAUAUCGUGUUGAACUUGAUCCGCAUUGGUCAUUUGUUGAAGUAGUUAAAUAUGUACGAGAGAAAUGCUUAUCAAUUUUUGAACAUUCUCAUUAUCCAUUACAGCUUAUGCUGGGUGAUAAUCAGUUAAAUCAAUCGAAUGUUUCAUUUCUUGAGAUAAUGUUUGAUUUUAUCACUAUAUCAAAUGACGUAGAACAUUUAUAUUUGAAUGAUGCAAUUUUAAAGCAAGUAUCAUUAGAAGGAAUAGCUGAAAUGGCUAAAUUUGACUUUUCACUAACAUUUGUCUACAAUCCAUUAUCAGAUAACAAAAGAUUAUCAUGUUGGUUAUUUUGUUCAUAUGAUCUAUUUGAAAAAUCAACUAUUUUAAAAAUAGCUCAAAGAUUUCAAUAUAUGUUAGAACAAUUGUUUCAAACAAAACCAAGCAACAUGCCUGUGAGUGAUAUGAACUCAUCGAUUAACAAAGUUUCUCUUAUUCUUCCUGAGGAAGCGGAAGAAAUGGAAUUAGCAAUAAUUCAUCGAUCAAAGAAUAUUAUGAAUGAAGGUAUGAUUGUAUACAAUUUGCCAUGUUUAUUUGAGAAAGUAAUAGUUAGUUAA